AAAAGCUUCCUCAACCUCCAUUACACAUUCUCACCUGCCUCCUCCAGCCAAAUCUCUCUCACCAAUAUUUCUCCAUUUUUUAAGUUUCCAGACUCAAUUUUUUAGUAGCCUCCAUUAUUACCGAUUCUCCUGAAAGAAAUCUCCAUUAACCGGAAGUAAGCAAAACAAAAUGGCUGAUACAGAACCGAAAAAGCGAUCUGCGGAUGAUGACAAAGAGGGAAAUGGAGAGUCUGCUGAAAAUGGUACAAAGAAGAGGCGAACGUCGGGAGGAGAUGCAGAGGAAGCGGAACUCUCGGCGGAUGCUGGCGUGUUGCUUGUUGCUGGCGGCGUCAAUUGGGAUCUUAUUGGGAGAAAAGAAAUCCCGAAAAACUGUAAAGCUCCUCCAGCGGGUCUAAAUGUUCAAAAUUUGUGGGGUCCACAUGCUUGGACGGAGAAGAUGCGAGUUAAAAGGGUCUUCAGCUCCCCGGUUGCUUGUCACUCGGCAAUCAUAUCGGAAGAUGGAAAAGUAUACACAUGGGGGCGCAAUGAAUCUGGACAGUUGGGUCAUGGCGAUACUGAGACCAAACAUAAACCAACGUUAGUUGAGCACCUGUCAGAUUAUACGAUUGUCAAUGUGGCAAUGGGCAGAGGACAUACCCUGUUCUUGACGGAUAAAGGAGCUGUAUACUCCUGUGGUAGCGACAAGCUGGGCCAAUUAGGACAAGGCACCGAAGGAAAGGAUAAACCUACUCCUUCCAAGAUCGAUUAUACUGGCAAGCCUAUUGUAAGGAUGGCGUGUGGGGCCGACUUCUCCAUGAUUGUAGAUGUGGGCGGAGCACUAUGGUCCUUUGGUUCACCUGAAUAUGGACAACUGGGACACGGUACGGAUGGAAAAUUACUACAAAAGGCUAACAAAAUCAGCUUUGUAUGUGAGAAAUCCCCACGACAGAUUACCAAGUUUGUGGAGAAAAACAAGCAAGUUGCAACACCCAUUACGAACGUUUCAAUUUCCGACGUUAAAUGCGGUACAAACCAUACUGUUGUUCUGGAUGACAAAUCCCGUGUUUUCACGUUCGGAUUUGCUGGUUAUGGGCGUUUAGGGCACGCGGAAACCAAAGAUGAAAUGGUUCCACGACAAGUAAAGCAACUGGAAAAUUUCCGUUGUGUCAUAAGCAAGAUUGCAGCCGGAUCGACAUUUUGUCUUGCUGCGGCAACAACUAAAAAUCUCUAUUUCUGGGGACAAACAAAAAGCUCUGGCGAGGCAACAAUGUACCCUAAACCCGUGCAGGAUUUAUCAGGCUGGAAUGUAAAAAACAUUGCUUGCGCGAAUAAGAGUAUCAUGGUUGCUGCCGAUGAUACUGUUAUUACUUGGGGGCCGUCUCCCACGUUCGGCGAGUUGUGCUACGGUGAUGGGCGUGAUAAGAGUUCCACGGUUCCAAAAGAGGCAAAACCAUUGGAAGGGAUGCAAAUCUUGGACAUUACAUGUGGUUUUGGCCAUGCACUGUUGAUUGCAAAAGAUCUCACUGCCGAAGACCGUGAGCGUAUCGCAAAACUUCCACGCUGGCCAUAAAUUUCUUGAACUCCAAUUCAUUUGGCUCCUUCAAUACCAUCACUGUGUCACUAUAUAUAUGAACCAAAGUCAUAUUAAUUGAUUUUGACACAACAACAACAAGAAGAAUCCUCAACAUGAUUUUUAAUGGGCAUAAUAAUGUGUGUAUUAUACUAAUAAUUAUAAUUGACUUUUUGACUUUUUUUUUUACCAUUCGUUGUAAGUUUUUAACUGAGGUUUUCAUCCACGACUUAAUCCAAAGUCUUUAAUUGCCUCUGAUGGUACAAUUUUAUGCACUCUAAAAUAAUAUUUAACAUUAUUCUUGAAAAAAAAUUAUUGUUCACGACCCGGUUUUACUUGUGUCCUGUUCACGUGCAUGAAAACUGGUGGUGAAGACUUGAUGUGAUUCUAUUGUAAUAAAAUUUUUAAUCAAUGUUUUAAAAUCUUGAAA